UCAUCAUGGCCUGCAGGAAGGGGUGCUUGAACAGUCAGACCAAGUGGGCCCUUGUCAGCGGGGCCAGUGUGGCUGUAGUGUUCACCAUCGGGAUGGUCCUGUGCUUCACGCUGCAGGAGCACACCCAACCAGGCUGUAAGCAGGAUGCGGUCUGCCGCCCCGACGCAGACAUGCUGGACUACCUACUGAGCCUGGGUCAGAUCAGCCAACGGGAUGGCCUGCUGGUCAACUGGUACCACGCUGCCAACAGCCAGGAGGAUAUGAAGGCUGCCCUCAGCAGUGAUGCCAUGGUCCUGGAGGCAGAUGUCACAGUAGAAGGACUCGGCACGGCCAACGAGACAGGGCUUCCAAUCAUGGCGCACCCGCCAGCGAUCUACAGUGACAACACCCUGGAGCAGUGGCUGGAGAAGGUGCUGACCUCUUCUCAGAAGGGCAUCAAACUGGACUUCAAGAGCAUCAAGGCUGUGGGCCCCUCCCUGGACCUCCUGCGGCGACUGACAUCGGAGGGGAGAGUCCGGAGACCUGUGUGGAUCAAUGCCGACAUCCAGAGGGGCCCCAACGUCCCCAUCCCAAUAGAGAUCAAUGCCACACGGUUCCUGGCCUUGGCCCAGGAGAAAUAUCCUGAGGCAACCCUGUCUACAGGCUGGACCACCCUCUACCUGCCCAUGUUCCCGAACAGUACGUAUACCCGAGCCAUGGUGGAGAAGAUGCAGGAGCUGGUGGGAGCACUGCCACAGAAGGUCACCUUCCCUUUGUACGCUCUCAUGGCGCGGUCUGCCUGGCCCCACUUCAGCUGGCUGCUGGGCCAGUCUGAGAGGUACAGCCUGACGCUGUGGCAGGCCACCUCAGACUCCGUGUCAGUGGAUGAUCUCCUCUACAUCCGGGACAACACCGCCCCCCACCAAGUCUACUAUGACAUCUUCGAGCCUGUCCUGUCACAGUUCAGGCAGCUUGCCAUGAAUGCCUCACGGAAGCAAAACUACUACACUGGGGGCAGCCUGAUCCCGUUUCUCCAACUCCCUGGGGAUAACAGUCUGAGCGUGGAGUGGCUGGUUCCUGACAUUCAGGGCAAUGGAAGCACAGCAACAGUGGGCCUCCCAGACAGAGAAGGCAUGAUCCUGCUGAACGUUGGCCUCCAGGAGCCCGCAGCUGAGAACCCCAUGCCCUUCGUGCGUGCCCCAGAUGGCCGUGCCCUGACACUGGAGUCCUGCCUGCAGCAGCUGGCCACACACCCCCGACGCUGGGGCGUCCAUGUGCACAUUGCAGAGCCCACAGCCCUCCGGCCAACCCUGGCCAUGCUGGCCCACCUCUCUGCCCUAGGCCACCUGUCUAGGCCUGUGUGGGUCGGGGCCACAAUCUCCCACGGGAGUUUUGUGGUCCCUGGCUAUAUGGCUGGCAAGGAGUUUCUUACAGCUAUGGCUGAGGUUUUCCCCCAUGUGACAGUGGCACCACGCUGGCCUGAGGAAGUGCUGGGCAGUGGCUACAGGGAACAGCUGCUCACAGAUAUGCUGGAUCUAUGCCAGGGCCUCUGGCAACCUGUGUCCUUCCAGCUGCAGGCUGGACCGCUGGGCCAGAGCACGGCUGGAGUGGUGGACAGGCUGCUGGCAGCCUCCCCCCGGGCCACUGUCACAGUGGAGCACAACCCUGGUCGGGGCAACUACGCAUCUGUGCGGGGAGUGCUGCUGGCAGCCAGAGCCGUGGAUAAGACCCGAGUCUACUACAAGCUACCCCAGGGUUUCCGUGAAGACUUGCUGGCAGAUGUUGGUAGAAACUGACCACCCAGGGGUGCUGGGCUGGCAGACCCCUGGGUAGAGGCUUCCCAAGGGGGAGGCGGAAAGGAAUAAAUGCCUCUGCCUUCCUCAGUG